AUGGCGGACCCGACCCCGGCGUACGCCGAUCCGCUCGAAGCAGACAACGCGAACGAAAACUACGCCGACAAUGAUGCGGAUUCCGCCAUGGGAGUCUCCGUACUCGAGUCGUCUUCGUCCAUGACGAGCAGCAUCAUGCAAUACCGCGAGGAAAACGGGAGGACUUACCACGCGUUUCGAGAAGGGAACCUCCAACAUCACCUAUGCACACUCACCUUUGAUGGGGAGCUAUUCCUCUGUCCGGCGGGUCAGGAUAAGCCGCUUUGCCGAGUUCUUGAUGCAGGCACCGGCACUGGCAUCUGGGCCAUGGAUUUUGCCGACGUCCACCCAGAGACACUGGUCACCGGCGUUGACCUCAGUCCGAUACAGCCACCAUUUGUCCCACCGAACGUAACUUUCUACAUCGACGACCUGGAAGACGACUGGACGUACUCCUACAAGUUCGACUUCGUCUAUGGCCGAAUGCUCACAGGCUCGAUUGCCGACUGGCCGAGGUUCAUCCACCAAAGCUACGAAUUUCUCGAGCCUGGAGGGUGGAUCGAGCUGACGGACAUCCUGCUCGACUUGCAGAGCGACGACGGCACCGUCGGCCCGGACUGCGCCGCCCAGAGGUGGGCGGGGCACAUGCGCGAGGCGGCGGCGAUAUGGAAGCGGCCGCUGAACAGCUGCAAGUUCUACAAGCAGCAGCUGGCAGAGGCGGGCUUCACCAACGUCACGGAGAGGGUCUACAAGUGGCCCUCAAACCCGUGGCCGAAGGACGGCAGGUUCAAGGAGCUAGGUCAACUGACGCGAGGUUCCCUAGGCAUGUGGACGUACGAGAACCUGGGCGUGGGCUUGUCCGGGUUGAGCCUGGCCCUGUUCACGAGGGCGUUGGGGUGGUCGAAAGAGCAACUGGAAGUGUUCCUGGUCGAUGUGAGAAAGGACAUGAAGGACAGAUCGAUACAUGGCUGGUGGCCGAUAUACGUCGUCUACGCACAGAAACCGAAAUGA